AUGUCGUCCUUUUAUGGCGACGACGAUGAUCUGGACUACGCCUACGGGAUGGACGACGUCGAUCGGGCGGCUCGGCCUAUCGUCGUGCUCACCGGAUUAAAGAGGAGUGGAAAAACGUCGAUUCGCAAGGUCGUCUUCCAGAAGAUGUCCCCCAACGAGACGCUGUUCGUCGAGAGCACGGCACGCGUCGCAAAAGACAUCAUCACCUCGUCCUUCGUCAGCUUCGAGACGGUUGAAUUCCCCGGGCAGCUGUGCCCCUUCGAUGGCAACACGGAAGAUAUAUUUCGGCGAUGCGGUUCCCUGCUCUUUAUCAUCGAUUCGCAGGACGACUAUGGAGAGGCCCAGAAAUUGAUGGCAAGCUACUUUUCCCGCGCAUACGCCAUCAACAAGAACAUCAAUUUCGAGGUGUUUAUACACAAGGUAGAUGGCCUGCCGGAAGACGUGAAGCUGGACACGAAUUUCGAGAUAUUCCAUAAGUUAAAAGAUGACCUAACCGACCAGGGUCACCCAAAUUUGAUGAACCAAGUCUCCUUUCACCUGACCUCAAUCUACGACCACUCCAUAUUCGAGGCGUUCAGCAAGGUCGUCCAGAAGUUGAUCAAGCAGUUGUCGACGUUAGAGCGGCUGCUGGAUAUAUUUAAUCAGAGCUCAAACGUCGAGAAGUCGUUCCUGUUCGACGUCUCCUCGAAAAUCUACAUCGCCACCGACACGACGCCCGUCGAAAUGGCCACCUACGAGUUGUGCUGCGAUAUGAUUGACGUCACCAUCGAUAUAUCGUCAAUUUAUGGGAGCAAGAGCGAUGGCUCGUCGUCGUUCGACGAGAAGUCUUACUCCGAAAUUCGGCUUCACACUGAUCAGCUCCUCGUGCUCCGCCAACUAUCACGACAACUCGCCCUCGUCUGCAUUUUGCGCUCCGACAAUUUCGAGAAGAAGGGCCUCAUCGAGCACAAUUUCAACAUUUUCAAGCAGGGCAUCGAGAAGGUCUUCAAGGUGCGAAGGCAGAUCGCGCACGGCGUCUUCGGUCAAACGCCUCCCGUCGGCUCGUACACG